AUGGGUUAUAUGUGGACCAAACCUGUGAUGAAAUUUCCUGCCCUUCGAUUUGCACUGCUGGCAUCUACAGCCCAACUUCAAAGCAACUCUCACGUGAGAAUGGCUGGCCAAAUUUCCCCUGAACCCUUCCCGUUCACAUUCCCGCUCUCACCAGCUCGAAAGGACUUUGCCAAAAUUCCCAUUCGCACCAGCAGUAACCAGCCAAAAUUCCCAAUCGCACCAGCAGCAACCAGCAUUGCCAUCCUUGCAAACCCACCAGAUCGCACCACCAUUGCCACAACAUUGCCAUCUUGCAAACGCACCUGCUCGCACCACGAUUGCCACCCUUCUCUGUACCCACCAGCUCAUAAUCUUCUACUCUGCAUGUCUAUAUUCUGGUUCUUCGUAUCUGUUGGACAAGAGUUUGAAUCGAUAGAUGGGGCACAUGAGUUCUACAUUAAAUAUGCAAAAGAGGCGGGGUUUAGUGUUCGUAGCAAUUCGACUAAGAGAUGUAAAGGUGUGAAAGAAGUUGUCAGGAAACAAUUUGUGUGUUUUAAGGAAGGAGUAUCUUCUAUAAAGGACGAUGAGAGAAAAAGGUGUCGGGGGAUGACAAGAGAAAAUUGUAAAGCUAAACUUGCUGUGGUUAGGUCAAAAACGGGAAAAUUUGUCAUCACUGUAUUUGUUGAAGAACAUAGUCAUCCAUUAUCAACCCCUCGAAGAGUGCAUUUAUUGAGAUCACAUCGUAGUGUGUCUGAAGCCAAGAAGUCAUUAACUUUGCAGUUUUCAGCAGCAAAUGUGCCAACUCAUCAACAAAUAAGCAUUCUUGAAUUUGAAGCUGGAGGUAUAGAGAAUAUUGGAUGUACAAAGAAGGAUAUAUAUAACCAUGAAGCUAAGGUGUGGAAUGAAUUAAGAGGACAAGAUGCAGAACUUUUAAAGGAAUAUUUCCUAACCGAGCAAGAAAAGGAUCCAUGCUUCUUUUUUAAAAUAGAUGUAGAUGAUGAUGGUAAAUUGAAGCGUUGUUUUUGGGCUGAUUCGGUGUCUAGAAGAGCUUAUGGAUGUUUUGGUGAUGUAGUUGUAUUUGAUACAACUUACAACACUAAUCAAUAUGGUAUGAUAUUUGCACCCUUGGUAGGGGUGAACAAUCAUGGUCAAACGGUGCUUUUUGCAUGUGCCUUUUUAAGUGAUGAAAAAACGGAAUCAUUUGUUUGGUAUUGUAGUUGGCACAUGCUUGAGAAGUUCUCUACGUAUUUAAAUGCGAUCACCUAUAGAGAUUUUUAUAAGGACUUCCAACAAUGCAUUUGGGAAUCAGAAUGCCCUGAAGAGUUUGAAAGAAAAUGGGUGACUACCAUCGAGAAGGCAAGCCUAAAUAACACUGAUUGGUUAAAAUCAAUAUUUGAGCUACGUUCAAGAUGGGUGCCUGCAUAUGUUAACCAUAUAUUCUCAGCUGGAAUGUCAAGUAGCCAACGUGCGGAAAGCUCCCAUGCAUUUUUCAAGAAAUAUGUUUCGAAGAGAAACUUAUUGAUGGAUUUCAUACUUCGAUUUAAUAGCGCUUGCACAGCAACAUCACGAAGAAUUAGGGGCUGA